AUGGAAGCCCGUCGAAAGCUCCCAGCCUUUGGAAUGAGGGAUGAACUCAUGCAGCGCAUUGACACUCAUCAGGUGUUGAUUGUCAGCGGAGACACGGGCUGUGGCAAGACUACCCAAAUCCCACAGUUGAUUCUUGAGCAUCAGAUUGAGAAUGGCUGUGGCUCGCUUUGCAACAUUAUAUGCACACAGCCCCGGCGUAUCUCAGCAGUGUCGAUCGCCAACAGGGUGUCCCAGGAAUAUGGCGAAGAUGUGGGCAGGACAGUGGGAUAUCAGAUUCGCAUGGAAGCAAGAAGAUCAGAAGACACGAGGCUCCUUUUCUGCACCACAGGCGCGUGCGUUCAGUGCCACUCGUCCACCACAGAACAAGAUGCACAUUUCUCACUCAUUGCCAUUUUCACAAGGACUGUCAGAUGGAGAGGGAAAUCCACUGGGUGUAUGCUGCAAAUGGAAAUGGAUCCUGUUGUCCCAAACUCCCCAUGCCACCACAGGUGGAAAUCGCAGUAUUUUUCUUUCUGCCCAGGCUGUACACCUUGA